AUGAGCAGUCCGACCGCGACCGGCCAAGCCACCUCCGCCGCGGAGCGGCCCGCUGCGGCGUCUGCAGCUGCCGGCUCCCCAUCCGCGGCUUCCGACACAGUGCCCGCGCAAAUCGAGGCUCAGGUCAUCGAAGUUGCUCCUCAAGUGGAGGAGGAAAACGACGAUGACGCAGACUCAGCCGUUGGUGAUGGACAAAACUCCACCGCGUCGAUCACGUCUAGCAUCCUCGAGUAUCGUACCAUCCAGGGCCGUAGAUUCCAUAGCGAACGGCACGAUACCAAGUACUUCACCCCCAACGACGAUCAGCAGUCGGAAUCGGUCGAUAUUACUCAUCACUACCUGAACAUUCUUUUGGACGACAAGCUGUACUUGGCACCGAUCGACGAGAAUGUCGAAAAAGUACUCGACGUGGGAACCGGCACAGGCAUCUGGGCCAUGGACUUCGCCGACGAGCACCCAAACACGCACAUCACCGGCACCGACCUCUCCCCGAUCCAGCCCGCCUGGGUACCCCCGAACGUCCACUUCGAAAUCGACGACUGCACCCAGCCCUGGACCUGGGACCCGGACACGUUCGACUUCAUCCACAUGCGCUACCUCUUCGGCGCCAUCAUCGACUGGGGCGCCCUCUUCAAGGAGGCCUACAGGGCGUGCAAGCCCGGCGGCUGGGUGCAGUCCGGCGAGGCCGAGGUCGAGUUCCGCAGCGACGACGGGACGAUCCCCGAGGACAGCGCGAUGGCGUCGCUGUGGUGGAAGCUGUACGUCGAGGGCGGGGCCAGGCUCGGCCGGCCUUUCGACGUGAUUUCGAAGGAUUUGCAGAAGAAGAGCAUGGAGGAGGCCGGCUUCGUGGAUAUUGUCGAGAAGACUUUCAAGUUGCCUGUCGGUGGCUGGCCUGCCGAUCCUAAGCUUGCCGAGGUUGGGCGAUAUGUCCAGCUCACGAUGGAGAACGAUAUUGAGGGUUACACGCUUCUCAUGUGGAACAGCAUCCUCCAAUGGCCCAAGGAUGAGUAUCAAAUCUUCUUGAUGCAAAUGCGCAAAGAGCUUCGAUCGAGAAAGAUUCACAGCUUCAUGACGGUCAAAUACGUCUACGGGCGCAAACCGGAAGAAAAGGCUGCGUAG